AUGAGGUUUUCAAUCGCCAGCAUCAUCGCCCUAAUUACCCCGCUGACGCUCGCCGCCGACUCACUUGAGUACAAGGCAACACCAGCGGGACAGGUUAUCAAAGAUGGUGUCAAGCUGAGAAUACUUCCUGUGGGUGAUUCUAUCACUGUGGGAUAUCUGAGCAGCGAUGGAAAUGGCUACAGACUCAAACUUGAUGAGGACCUGUCUGGUAUGUGCACUCACCGCGCAUGA